AAUAUUGUUUCAUCGAUGGCGCCAUCAAUGUUUCCCACCUCUAGUGCAAAGAUGGCAAGACAAUUUCGUCCGCUACUAAACAAUUCGAGUAAAAGGCAAAAAUUAGAAUUAGGCGUGCAAAAUUCAGGCGAUUUGUUUAAGUCAACUAUUGCUGAAUUUUGGGGAAGUGACGAUGACGAUGUUAUUUUGUUAGCUACUCAACAAGCAGAGGAAAAUCAGCGACAGCCAGACAGUCCACGACAAACAGAGAAUGAAUUUGAAUUACGUCCAUUUGUAUCCAGUACACAACAACCGCAUAGAAAGCGGCUAUCAACUUCACGCCAGAGUCCUGCGUACCAGCCGCGCCAUGUGGCUUCAACGUCGCCUGAAGAUGAGACGAUCAAAUUCUCAAAUUCGAGUAAUUUUAGGCCCAAUAAAGAUAACCCUCUGUUACCAGAAGUUCAACAUGUACAAAAUGAGCCUACAAUUUCAAAUACAAGUCAUUGGGCAACUAGUCGUCAAGUAGCACAGGAACGACAACUUAAAUUAUUAAUGGAGCGCGUCGAUAUUCUCCAAAAGGAAAAUUCCAAAUUGCAAAAAGAUCUCUUGGAUCACAAGAGUCAAACAGGCACCAAAGAUGGAGAGGUAAAAUUACUCCGUUAUGAACUACAACAAGCGAGAAAAUUACUUCAAAUGAGUAAGAUGGAAAAAAUUAUUAUGGCUGAAGAAGCUAAAAAAGACUGCAAUAGAAAAGUCGCAGAUGUUUACAAGGAAGUGAUUGCGAAAAAUACAGAAUUAACUUUUACGAAUGUUGAAUUUUCUGAAUAUAAAAUUCGAAAUACGAACAACUCAUUCAAAAACCAACAACUUACAGUCUAUGAUACCGAUGAGUGUCGUAAUAUCCUUCGUGUGGAAAAUCUGUGCAUAACAAGGUUUAAUACACAAUUUUCUAUUAAUGCGGAAAAUAAGCUUUACGAUUUUUCAAAAGAAACCCGCACGCAAAAGAAACAACGAAGCUUCUUUGAAUUGGAGCUAGAGCAUUUGAUUUUCAUAAACGCAGAACUGCAGUUGCAAGCCAACACUGACACAAUGGCUAUGGACCGCGUAAUUAGCUCAGUACGUGGUGUAUUUAAAGAGUUCUUGUCAUAUGCUCAAACUUUGGAAUUACCAAAACACCAUUUAGUAUAUCCAUAUCAUCAUUAUGAUCUACAAUUUGAUCACAACACUUGCCAACGCCACUCAUUAAUUCAAACCGAGAAUUUGUACAAACUUGAAAGGGGUGUUUUAUUACGUCGCUAUAUAGCGACCUUGGCGUUGAUUUGUCAAAGGCAUGGCAACUUAUCUCAAACUUUGAUUAAAAAUAAAAGAGACAACUCUUCAAUAUUGCAAAUUGUCAUAGAGGCAAUAAACAAGUUAAGCUACUCAUCGGAAGUACUUGAGCAUUUCGGGGUUAUUGAAGCAACUGGGGCUUUUCUACACAGUUUACUUAGUAAUAUAAAUGCGGUUUAUACACACGAAACUCAAUUGGAUUCACUUUUUAACUUAUUCAAACAGUUGGUGUUUACUCGACCAAAUAUAUGGGUGUUUCAGCAGCUAAGUUCUUGUAUGUUAUUAUGUGCUUUACACGAUCAAAUAAUGGAGAGAAUGUGCACUGGCACUAAUAAUAAUUGUUUUGUGUCAGACAGAGUUAGAUCUAAAUACCGUUUUCGGCCAGAGUCUUGUUUAAUACAAGUUUACGCCGGGUUACUUGAACUUUGUUUUUGUGGUGACAUUCCUCUGAACUCAACUCAUUUUAAGUUGCUUCUAUCUAUAUGUGGAAAUCACGUGCGCUUCGUAUACCAAGGUUUUAUAUCAAUGCCUAAAUUUAUAAUGAAAAUGCAUCCAUUUCAAACCUUUGCUGAGUACGAAGGCCCUGAAGAGCGCUUAACGCCCAAAAUUAUGGUUACCUCUAGUACAAAUUCUAGCAACAAUAACAACACAGCAAUUCCAUCAAAAAUUGUUAAACCCGCAUUGGAACAGUUAGUCCAAGAAAGCAACUGCGAAUGCUACGUAAAAUUAUGUAUAAGUGUUGUCACACUUGUAUUUCAAAUGAUGUAUCAAUGGACACUACAAGUUGAAAAAUCAGAUGUUUCACACGUUGGGGAAAUAUCACAAACCGCAUUACAUUUGCUAAUACUUAUUUUUCGAGAAUACUAUCUUCCAAGUAUUUUUCGUGACUCUGAAGAAACGACGAAACAUAAUUUAUCGCUCCUUUGCGGUUGGUGGAAAGAGCAUAUGCAUAUUUUGAGGUUUCAAGACACGCACUUGCAUUUUUUGAAUCAACUGGAGGAAUUGCAAUUUAUGUUGAAGCCAAUGCAUCAUGAAGCAAAUCAUAGUAAUCCCGAUACUGACUUGGCCGACUGGAAAAGUAUUGUUAACAAAGGUGACAUGGUCAUCGACAAGUUUGAUUCGUCGCAAAGCGAAUUUAAUUUCAAUACUCUAUACUUACAUAAAAUGAAUGAAUUUUUCAAUAACUUGAAAUCGUCCGCUAAAAAUUAUAUUUAUAAAAAUUAGUCUUUCAUUAAUAAAGCAAAUUAUAUUGCGAAUAUAU